AUGGAAGCUCUAGGAACCAAUACUAAACAUGGUCCUUGUUGCAUUUGCACCAAGAAAAACAAAAUAUGUACCAGAAAUUGUGAAUUUGCUGCAUAUUUUCCAAAUGAAGUGAAAUCCGAUUAUGAAGCUGCUUGUGAAUUGUUUGGUACACCAAAUAUUAUAAGAAUGAUGAAACUUGCUCCGCAUGAACAAAAACAUCUGUUAGCAUCUUCGAUACUAAAAGAAGGUGGUGCAUGGACCGAUGAUAAUAUCAGAGGUGGAUUUGGAGUGAUACAAAAGCUGAUGUGGGAAAUCAAAUUACAUAAAGCCUACCUUUCUAAGUUAAGGAUGAAGAUUUCAGAAGAGAAAAACAAUUAG